AUGCCCACCCCCGCCCGCUUCCGCCCACAGCAGGACCACCGUGCGCCCGCUAUACCCCGAGCCACACCUGGGCGAAUCCGCCGCUACCGCACCGCGGGCGGCUACAUGCCCCGCCGGCAGGCCCACCCGGACGAAGACUCAGAUGGCAACGGUAGCGAAGAAACAAUCGGCGAAUACACCGAAGAAUACACCGACGACGACGACGACGACGACGACGAUGAUGGCGACCCCUCUCCGUACUCUGCCCGCUCCAACGGCGUCCUUCUGGCUUCUUCUUCUUUCUCUACCCAUUCCGGAUCCCCUUCUGCUGCAGCGGAACCACGUCUACUCCGCGCACGACUGCCGCGAUGGUUCGUAGGAGACGCCGCCGGCUAUCGCUAUCGCGCUUCGGCUCCCCCGGCCUCAGCUCCUCCUCCCGCCGCAGUUCCAGCCUCAGCUCCCCCAGCCCCAGCACUUCCCGCACCAGGCACUGUCUACGGUAAUCCCGCGCAAGGCCGCCCAGCCUACGGCAAUCCCACGCCUGGACCACCCGGCCCAGCACCUCCCGCACCAGGUCGCCCCGACUACGGCCACCCGGCACCAGGCCGUGUCUAUGGCCAUCCCGCGCCCUCCCCACCCCCUCCCCCCCCGGCAUCAACAACCUCCUCCACCCCCUCCGCCCGGCCCCCGCCAAAGAAGGACCGCCCAGCACCAUCCUACAUGCCGCUGUGGACCUGCGCGCCGUGCGCUGACACCAUGUCUGUGUUUGCGCGCGACGAGCACUGCCGCACGAGGGCGCAUGGGAGGGCUGUGAUGAGGGCGGGGGAGAGUGCGGCGUAUGUGCCCCCCAUGCGGCGAGCCGCCGCUCCCGUCGCCGUGUCGGAGAGUGCUGCGUCCAGUGCGGGGAGUGUGUAUGCCGGGGGUGGGGCUGAGACGAACCACCACCCGAUCCCGAGGCCGGAACAGGGGCGUGGGCAGCGGGCAUAUGUACCCCCUAUGCGGCGCACGUCCAUUCCCGCGCGGCCCCCCGUCUCCGUCUCAGCAUCGGAGAGCGCUGCGUCUGGUGGCGGGAGUGUGUACACCGGGGCUGGGGCUGGGGCUGGGGCUGGGGCUAAGAAGAACCACCAUCCGAUCUUGAGGCUGGAACAGCAACAUGAGCAGCGGGCGUAUGUACCCCCCAUGCUGCGCGCCGCCGUUCCCGCCCAGGUGUCGGAGAGUGCGGGGAGUGUGGCUGGGGCUGGGGCUGAGACGGACCGCCAGCGCGUCGCGAGGCUGGAGCGUGACCAGCGGGCACACGCCCGUAACUUGCGGCGCGCCGCCAAUGCCCUUACCCAGGCCACCGUGGCCGUUUUCGAGAGUGUAGGGAGUGGGCAGGGUGCGGACAGUGGGGAGAGUGUGUACUCCUCCUCAUCCUCCGACUCCGACUCCGACUCCGACUCCGACAACUCCAACCCCGCACCCACACCCCAACAGCAGCAGGUAAUGUUCUACUGCGGCCUCUGCGCCGCCGAGUUCCCCGUCCACGAGGUUUCCGGCCACGACAGUGGCGGCCGGGGCGGGGCGGAGGAGGUGGGCGUGUAUAUGUGUGUGCUCUGCGCGCAGCGCGUCCACAUCGCUGGGCGGGAGGCGCAUGCAAGGGGUGCUGCGCAUCGGGAGAUGGAGCAGCUUUACGGCGGUGGUGGUGGGGGGAAGGCGGGGGAUGUGCGGUGGGCGAGGAAGAAUGGGGAGGUGGGGAAGAGGGAGGCGCGAUUCUGGGGUAUUACUGCCGACGCGGCACCGGACUCGGUUAGCGCAUGGCCGAGCUUCCAUCGAGGCGGGAAUACACGGAAGGCGAGGAAGACGGCGGGAGCACCGAAGGCCCGGGAGGAGCGGCAGGUGAACGGCGGCGUGGUGAAGGUUGAGUGGAGGUGGCUCUGGCGAUGGGGGGCGGCGGAGAAGAAGGAGGAGGAGGAGCAGGUGGACGAUGCGGCGCGUGUGGCGGCUUUGGUGCGCUGGCUGGGUGGUUUGGGGGUAAAGAAGGGCGACAUAGAAGCGGGCGCCCCCCGCCCUCUGGAGAACCUGCGCGGGGGCACACGGAAGGAGCGGAAGAUGGCGAGGGACUUGGCGGAGGCGCAGAAGCGGCGGAAGGAGCGGGAGGCGGACGGAGGUGAGGUCAAGUGUGAGUGGAAGUGUGAUGUGUGUGAGGAGCCGUUGCUGGGGGAGGAGCUGGUGAGCCAUAAGGCGUGGCACUGCCGGGGUGGUCCGGGUGGGGGUUCGAAGGUCGAGAAGGGGGGCGAGGCGGGACAGCAGCCGCCGCCGUGGAAGGCGAGGUGGCGGAAGGAGAAGGAGAAGGAGAGAGAGGAAGAGGAGGAUGUUGUUGUGCCUGCACCACCGCCACUGCCACGGUGGCGCCCAUCGUCCUCAACGACUAUGCCUGCGCGGGAGCCACAGUCACAACAACAACCACAACGAGCACAAGCACCUUCACCGCCGGCGACUGCCACCCCCGCUCUACAACCAGAAGUAGCACCACCGCCGCGGACAGCCCCGCCACCACCACAACCCCAGCCGCCAACCUACUCCACCGCCAUCACCACCGCCACCGCCCCCACCGCCCUCCCAACAACCUUCUUCUGCGCCCCCUGCAACAAAACCCUCCCCCCCGCCAACCGCACCACCCAUCUCGCCUCGCGCAAGCACCUCCAGAACACACAAUCCACUCCCCAAUUCUUCACCCCCCCCACUCCACAACUCUUCACUCCACAUCUCCCAGCACCGACAUUCAUCCCUCCUCCCCCGGCGCCCCCACCACCCCCAGACCUACCAUACGAAACAUACCUCUGCGAGCAAUGCAACAAAUGGUUUGGCGUCAGCGGCCGCAGCGGACACGAGGCGGCCGAGAAGCAUAAGAAGCGCGCGGCGGCGUGGGCGGCGAGGAUGCGUGAGGUGCACGGGCCGGGGUGGGGGCCGCCUACUCCUCCUACACCACCGGCGGCAGAGGAGCCGUGUGCCGUACCAUCUGCAGCACAGUCUGCGGCACCAUCAGCGGUACCCUCCGCAGCGCCAUCAGCGGUAGAAACCUUCUUCUGCACCCCUUGCAACAAAAGCUUUGCCCUCCUCGGUCGCGCAGGCCACCUCAACGGCCAGAAACACACCAAGAAGGCAGCCGCCAUCGCCGGGGAAGCGGAGAGAAGGAGGCAACAACAACAGCAGCAGCAUCACACCCAACCGGAGCAGCACCGACACUACCACUAA